AUGAAUGACCCUUUCGCCAGGAUGGGGUCCCCAGGGCCCCUGGAUUCCACGGACUCUUCCCGCGGCCUGGGGCGCGCCGAGUCCUUUCCGCGCGACGCGGGGCGCGUGGGUCCUCUGGCCCCUGGAACCCCAGAUAUCGCGACGGCGAGGACGAGCGGAAGCCUGGGCAGCGGCCACGGGGACGGGUCGGCAGGCCCGGCCGGGGCGAACCUGGGCUGUGAGUCCUGGGUCAGAGAGAAAGUGCUCUUUCUCCUGCACCCGGAGAGGUGGUUAGGGACUCGCGGGGACCCUGCACGGGAAGAAGUGGCCGGUGAGGGGGAUCUUCCUAGGGCGGGCGGAGACGACCACGACCAGGCCCCCGACUGCCCUUCUCCCGUAUUUCAACGAGAAAAGCGAAUUCCUGGCGGGCGUGUAGCCGCCCCCUCCGGAGCCGCGCCGCGGGACCCCGCAGCCCCACCCAGAUCUGUGCUCGUGCGGGUCGUGGACUAUGAGGUGACGCAGGAAGUGCUGCGGACCGCAUGGACCAAGGGUUGCAUGACCACGAGGACCGAGGAGCACUCCAUGACCGCGGUCACUUUCCGCACCAGUAAGGAGUGA